AUGGACAAUAAGCAGGGCUGGACGUCCGGCCCUCAAGUCCGAGGCACCUUUGACAUCCUCUGGACCUGCAUUUCUACUCUAGCGCUCUGUGUCUGGACAGCCGUCCAUCCAAAUAUAUCAUGUGUAUCUAGCGGCCGCCGUGCCUUCAUGGUCCGUCUAGGAAUGAUGGCCGUUGCGGUCGUCCUGCCUGAAAUCAUCAUAUCUGCAGCUUGGAGACAACUCAAAUCGGCGCAGUGGCUACGCGCCGAGAUAAACGCAUUACAUAUGCAGACUCAAAAGAAACGUCAGAAUGCGGAAGGCGGGAGCCUAAGCAAUGGUGUUCUUAGUGAGAAUGAAUUACUUCGCGAUCCGUUGCUGCCACCUUUGGACUUCGGAAAUGGCAAUACCACCACUCAACGUGUACCAGAUAGUCCGCAGCCGAAUACAAAUGCAAAUAAUGAUGCGUUAGAGACUGCCUCCACAAACGAUAGAACAGAUCCAAUACAGCUGCUCGAAUGGACAUCAGAGCAAGCCUUCUUCGCCGUCAUGGGCGGCUUCGCCAUCGAACUCGACUCCACCAACCCAUCCUCCUUACAAACCAAUACCCCCAACCCAGAAAAACACCUCCUCAGCACCGAAGGUAUUCUCCAGCUCGCAAAGCUAGGCCUUCUACCCAACAUCUCCACCUCCGAGAUCGAAGAACGUAGCAAAGCAGACCUCAUCGCCAAGCUGCUCGUCCUCUUACAAAUCACCUGGUUCGCACUCCAAGUCAUCGGCCGCCUCGCUGGGCACCUCCCCCUCACGCUCCUCGAAACACACACAGCCGUGCACGUGGCAUGUACAAUCCUCAUCUACCUGCUGUGGCUGAAGAAGCCGUACGACGUGCAGUCGUCCGUUGUACUGAGUCACCCCGACGUCAAGGACAUGGCGGCCCUGUUCAGAUUCUCGAGACUUCUGAAGGAGAAUCAUGCGAGGGCUGUGGAGAGGUUCCAGACUGCGAGAGUCGCGUAUUGGAGGGAUCGUGUGGUGCGAGCAAGUAAUAAUCUGCUCGAUUAUGAUCCCCCGCCUAUGCCGCCUGUUAGAGAGCCGUUGACGGCAGCAGUGGCUCGCUAUUGUGGACUUCUCCCAGACCAGCUCCCUCCAUCAAUGGUGCCAAGCUCCAGCUCCAGCUCCAAAUCCAAAGAACAACUGCUUACCAGUCUUGCUCCACAAGCGCAAAAAGCGAUCAACAUGGUCCGAAUUAAGGAAGGCCUCUCUAAGCGAGAUGUUGACUCCCAGAACUGGGACUUGCUGCGCGAGAAUUCAGAAAACUUCGCUAUCAGAGAAGUAUGGGGCAGUUGGAGCACCGACAUAGGACACGACAUGUCCAUUGAGAAAAGCCUCCAUUUCCUCUUCAACCUGCUCUACGGCGGCGGCCACCUCGCAGCCUGGGCGUCCUCCUCCUUCCCCACGCCCGUCGAGCAGUGGAUAUGGCGAGUAUCCGCCAUCGUGCUCACCCUGAUGCCGUUAUGGGGAUUGAUGUGGGUUGGGUGGUGGAAAGCAGUGAGAACGAAAUGGAAGAUUUUCUAUCCGGUUCGAAACGGGGAUUUGGAUAUUGUGGUUGCGCCGUUCUUUUUCUUGCUUAUGUUGGUGUAUGCUGUGGGGAGGAGCUUCCUGCUUGUUGAGUCGUUAAUUAGCCUUAGGAUGUUGCCGAAGGAGGCGUUCAAGACGGUGGAGUGGUCGGAGUAUCUGCCGCAUAUUUCAUGA